AUGCUACCAAUUCUGCUGCUGCUGCUGCUGCUCAGUCCUGCUUUGGCCUGGAUUCCAGUGCAUGAUUGGGAGUCUGGCAAUGUGACUGCAUCAGUGGGUGGGUCAGGUCAGUGCGUUUGUCAUGUGUAUCUACCUGAAACCACCUUCCCUGCUGACCGCGUUCAGCAGCAAGUCAGCAAGGACCUGAUCCUGGAGGUGGAAAUUCAAAUGAACAAGAUGACAAGUUAUGAGGGUAUGUUGGAGGUCUACUUGAAGGAACUGGUGGAGCUGACUGUGAGAGUGGUCAUGAUGGAGAGCAGUCCCGACAACUACAUCAAACUGGACUUUGAGCUGCUCAGGAUUGAGCUCAGAGAGUUUGAGGUUCUGGUUUCUCAGCUCAAAGACUCCCUCAACUCCUCCUCGCCCAUGUUUGACAGUCUGUAUACUGAUAUUCACAACAUGACCCUCAUCGUGAACCAACUGGAGACUUUCGACAAGAGCAACCUGGAGGUGAUCGGCAUUGAGUUCACUAAGCUGCAGAGGAAGCUGGAGGAGUGCCAGAAGGAGCAGGAGAUCAUCAAGCCAGAUAUUGGCAACUGCAAUCACACAGGAAUCAUGAGCGUCAGCAAGCCUACGGUCAUCCAACUGAACGCUCAUUUGAACCCAGGAUACCAGUAUGGGGGCUGGGGUAAAGACUCCAAACCAGUUCGAGGCUAUGAGUCAAUGUACUGGUACGGUGCAUACAGCAGUCCUACUGUGUAUGAGUUCCACUUGUACUCUAACUACGACAAACUCAUUCAGAGAUCCUCCUUCACACACCACGGUCUACCACAAGGGUACGAAGGCACUGGUAAUAAUUACGUUGUCCAUGGUAACGCUAUAUAUUACCAGGCUGCCAACCCAAUCAGAAUGUCCAAAUUAAAUCUGACCUCCUCUGUUUAUAGUCACCGACAACUCACAAAAGCAAGCGAUAGAUUCACCUACAUGUACUCACCAAACCAGUAUCUGGACUUUUCAGCUGAUGAGAAAGGAUUGUGGGUAAUGUAUGCCACAGAGGAGGCCAAGGGUAAAUUUGUGGUAGCUAAGAUAGAUGAGAAAUCAUUCGGUAUUGAGGAUGAAUGGACCACUGGUGCGUUCAAGCCUCUGGUAGGGAAUGCUUUCAUGGUGUGUGGAGUUAUGUAUGCCACCAGGCCAGGAGAUCUGAAGACAGAGGAGAUCUAUUACUCGUAUGACACCGAGACUGGAGAGGAGAGAUACAUGAGUAUUCCCCUUCAGAAAUUCCAGGAGAAAUUUGUCAAUCUGCACUACAAUCCCACUGAUCAGAGGCUUUACAUGUACAACAAUGGCUAUUAUGCGUCUUACAAUGUGAGGUUCAACAAAGAAUGA